GGGGCAGGGCGCCGGAUGUUCCUCGUUGAUCUAACUCUUUGCGGGGAUCUACGCGCGUGCAUACACGUUCCGGUCGUCGCGAUCAGUGCCGACGACGCGGUUUGCUGGUGAGGUGAGAGAGAGGCGGACGGGCUAGCGGCAAGACUUGCGCUGCAUCAAAAAGCAAGGAGCAUGUCCAAGCUUCACACAAGGGUUCAAAGCGCCGAGUUGGCGGUGUUGUCUUCUGGCGACUGGAGCUCGUCCAGCAGCGGCAGCACAACGAACAGCAUCGCAACCGUGGAAGGAGGUGGGGGACCGCUCGAAGAAGAAGACCCGUCAAGCAGCUUUUGGUUGGGAGACAUCCCCAAACACGACAACAAGCAUGCUCAAGACGGCCAGAGCAACUCGUCCCCAAAGAGCACGGACACGGCGUGGAUCUCCAACUCAUCGGUGGGCCUCCUGAUCGGCGAGGGGGAGGGCGAGGGGCAGCCGCUGCAGCAACAGGAGACACCCCUGGCGGCAUGGGUCGGCCAGCAGGCGCUGGGCUCGGGGUGGGAGCAGGUAGGGGAGAAAUCAAGCACGCCUCGCGAACCUCAAGCGCUUCGGUCAAAGCACCGUCGUAGAAAAGCGCGCGCGAGAGAGCAACGAGCGGCGGCGGCGGUGACCGCGGGGGACGAGGACGCCGCUGCAGUCGCGGGUUCAACCAAGGCCUCUUCCGGCCGAGGAGCGGCAUCCCACGGCAAGCACGCGCCCACCGUACCCCGGCCGCCGGGGGCUUCGGCGACGGCCACCGCCGUCAAGGGCAGAGGCAUCUUGGCUGACGGCGACGACAUCGGCGCCGAGGGCAGCCACAAGGUCGCCGUGGGGAAGGACGGGCGGCUCCUCCGGCUCUCGACGCGCGACUUCCACACGCCUACGAAGCAGCCGCAGCCUGGCGUCUUCGCGGCCACAGCUGCAGCUGAGCCGGGAGGGGGAGGGGCGCGGACAGCGACGGGAGCAGGGUCCGCGGCCGGAGCAGCUAUGCAAAGAGUGGGAGCGGAGGGGGUUGCGGCACAAGUAUGCCAGUGCUGCGCUUCUUGCGGCGCGAGCGGGGGGGCCGCAGCUGGUUCGAGGAGGGAGGGGGCAGGGGAUCGACGCCCGGGGGGCCAGGGGCAGCAGGAGGGUGUGACACAUGCAUACGAGUCGUUCGAUUGUGGAAAUGUGAUCCGCGUCGGUGCCUCGUCCCUUGGUUGGGCCUCCGCCCGCAGCCUCGCCUUCAGCGCGUCGUCGGGGUACUCGGCCGGGCCGGGGGGGAAGCGCGGCGCCUCCGGCGGCGGCUUGAACGCCUCCGGCGGCGCCAUCGCCGACGAGGAGGGCUCGCGCCCCGGCAGCAGCCGGUCUCUCAAUAGCUACUCCUCGAGGGCGCAGAGCCUCCGCGCGCGGAAGCUCCGGGCGGAGAACAUCGUCGACGGUAUCGACCUCGCCGGCGCCGACGCCCGUUCCAGGCUAGGCGGUGGCAGCAUCAGCAGCAGCGGCGGCAACCAACGCGAGGUUGGUGGGCUGGCCGACAGCUGCCGGUCCGGCAGCAGCCUCGCUGACACCUGUGGGAGUGACAGAAGCAGGUCUUACCGCCCACAGGACAGUACUGGCAGCGAGCGGCGACGUCGAGGUCUUUUAGGGGGGCUCAAGAAGGGGAUGGGGGUCGUGUGGGAAAAGAUUUCGGCCGACCACCCACAGCCGCUGCCCAUCGACAAGACUUUGACGAAGGAGCAACAGCGGCAGAAGCAUUUGCGCCUUGAAAGGCAGAGGCGGAACGAAUGGCAAACCAACAGCGUGGCCGAGCAACACGUGUUGCGAAGCGUGCUCCAGCAGCAGGAGGAGAAGAUUUCGCGCUAGCAGUACACAGCAGAGGCGCUUGCGAUUUUCUCUGGGGAACGCUCAUUGACGCCGCUCACGGAGUAAACCCCCGCACUUGGUCGGAAGCACGGGAAAAUGUCGGAGAGAAGUCCGCAACCGUUGAGGAGGUAUUUUCGAAAUCGCCACGAGGGUGGGUGGUGUCUAAGAGGCCUGACUUGUUUGAAGGGAGGGUCUGUCAUUGUUCGACGAGACUGUCAUAGAGACAUCGAAGGUGUUUUGUGGGUUUGAGAAGUUGAGGUUUCCCAAGUAGCGAUAGAGACGAUUAGGCGUGUUGUGUAUCCCGAUGGGAGUGCGACGGGAAGGGUGUCGGAUCCCCCCGAGUUUGUGAUCGGACGGGAUCAGCACAUAUUCGAACAGACAACCCCAGGAGCGGAGAACUAUUCGUGGACUGUUAGACUAGUGUUACAGGUUUAUUGAUGUUUCAGUGUGUGAGGUUUCGUCCCUUCUGUUGUGGUCCCCAGAAUCUACACGAUUCGGUGCAUGUGUCAAGCACCACCCAAGGUCCGGAAGGAUGUUUCUAGACAAUGCCCUUUGUUUUUUCUCCGUCUUUCCCUUCUGCGGUGGUUGCGCUAGAUGUUUUGCGUGAGGUUGCGUAUACUCCCGAUGUAUAGUAUUUAUUGAAGCAUGUCGAUUUUUUCGUCAGCUCUCCUGCCAACGCGCUCACGUCCAAGAAAGUU